AUGGCUGAGCCAUAUCGUGAACCAGCAGAUCCCAUUGUUCGAGGUACCUUUGCGACCGCGAAACAAUCGUUGGGUGAUCUCUUUAAAUGGAAACAGCGAGUUGCCAUCACCAAUGAGGAUGGUGAAACCCAUUGCGAGUGGCAAAGCCCUCAACCUCUCAAGAACCCUGUCAGCCUCUUUGCGCAACUCGAUGCCAAGGGCUGGUUGUUCUUCCUCGUCGGCCUGGCUGCCUGGAUGGCCGAUGCCUUCGACUUCCAUGCUCUAUCAAUCCAGACCGCCAAGCUAGCCAAAUAUUACGACACCAGCAAGACCAAUAUCAGCACCGCAAUCACCUUGACCCUCUUGCUCCGUUCAGUAGGAGCCGCCUUCUUCGGCGCCGCGGGAGACAAGUUCGGUAGAAAAUGGCCUAUGGUCGUUAACAUGGUCGUGCUCGGCCUUCUUCAGAUUGCUACAAUCUAUAGUGCCACAUUCAGCCAAUUCUUGGCCGUUCGAUCGCUUUUUGGCUUGUUCAUGGGCGGUGUUUAUGGCAAUGCCAUCGCAAUGGCCCUUGAAAACUGCCCAGUGGAUGCUCGCGGUCUCAUGUCUGGUAUCUUACAACAAGGAUACUCACUUGGCUACGUUAUUGCAGCGAGCUGCAAUCUCGGCGUCGGCGGAAGCACAAACUCCUGGAAGAUUGUCUUCUGGAUUGGAACUGGGCUCUCAAUCGGUGUCGGUAUUAUCAGAAUCGCAUUUCCAGAGUCCCAGCAAUUCAUCGAUGCGAAGAGGGAGGGUAAGGGAAAGACCUCGCCUUCCGCUUUCUGGGCUGAAACUCGCAAAAUGCUCAAGGAGGAGUGGCGCAUGUGCAUUUAUUGUAUCAUCCUGAUGACUUGGUUCAACUACUACUCCCACACCAGUCAAGACAGUUAUACCACAUUCAUGCUCACCCAGAAAGAGAUGAACAAUGCCCAGGCUUCCCGUGAGUCUAUCAUCAUGAAGACUGGAGCGUGUGUUGGUGGCUCCAUCAUCGGCUAUGCUUCUCAAUGGUUGGGCCGACGUCGUGCGAUUGUAGGAUCUGCACUGAUUUCUGCACUCCUCAUCCCAGCAUGGAUUCUCCCAACGACUGAACCAAGUCUCUCCGCUUCUGGGUUCUUUAUGCAGUUCUUUGUACAAGGCGCAUGGGGUGUGAUCCCGAUCCACCUUAACGAGCUUUCGCCACCGGCAUUCAGAUCCUCCUUUGUCGGCAUUACCUAUCAGAUUGGUAACAUGAUUUCCUCGCCCUCAGCACAGAUUGUGAACGCCAUCGCAGAGAAGACAUUUGUGAAGGGUGUUGACGGUGAAUCUGUGGAAGCCUAUGGUCCGGUCAUGGGUGUUGCCACGGCUAUCAUCGCCAUGGGCAUCAUCGUCACCACGGCUUUAGGUCCAGAACGUCGCGGUGCGAGGUUUGAGCUUAGCAAGCCGGCCGGUGUCAUCGAGACAGAGAUCCGUGCUAAGUCGAUCGAUGCUGAAAGCGCCCAAGUCCAGAUUGAGAAGGCUCAGACCACACAGGCUGAGCAUAUCAACGAGAAAGAUUUGAAAUAA